AUGUAUACGUUACGAGGAUUCCAUCAAUUGACCUGUGUCCUCGUCAUCGCCGAGGCAUACACGCACCGGGUGCACACCAACACGACUUCGAGGUGGGGCCACCGACACGUCGCCCACUGUCUGAACACUCUUCGUGACGCUGUCAUGUGUAUGGCAGAUGCGACCCCAAUGAGCUUCGUCGAUGGCUUCCAGAUGAGCUACGUCACAGACAACCAGGCUCACAUGUGCCGAGAUUGGGAAGGACUAAGGGCAUGGGCUAAUGCCCCCGAGAGAGGGGUUAGAACUCGGGUAACGGAUACAGAGGCAGGAAAUGAUCUUGAGCCGGGCGCCUUGUUCGAUUUCGAGUAUCAGACCGAGAUUAUACCUUUUCCAGACCUGACAGAGCAGGAGAGAGUGGGCUUGGCUUAA